CAAACCUUGGAAGCUCCUCGACCCUGCACAAACCAUGGGAGAGGCCAUCAAGAUCUUAAGGACCUCCUUCCAUGCAUUCUUCUUGAGCUACCACACCUUCAUCUCCACCGCUGCACUCCUCGUCUUCCCCUACUCCAUUGCCACUCUUCUCUCUCAGUCUUCUUCUCCUUAUCUUCUACCGGUGAUCUCUUCCCGCCUUUGGCUGCUCUUCGAAGCUUCCGGCUUUCCCUCCUCGCACUUCUUCGCCCUCCUCAACGUCAAGCUCUCGCAGGCCGCCUUCUCCUUCGUCGCCGCUCUCCCCCUCGGCGCCACCUCGUUGAUCCUAGCAAAAGCAUCGGUGUUUCAGACGAUCCACGGCAAACUGCCUUCGCUUGCUUCGCUCCUCCGUCUCUACCCCUCUCUUGUGCUCACGUACCUCUGCAACUCCUUCCUCGUUCUCGCCGCCAACGCUGCCGUCUUGUCCCUCCUCUUCUUGGCCUUCAACGCCGCGGACGUCCUCGACCUCGCGUCGAGCAGCCUCACGCUGGCCAUUUCCGUCGCAGGCGUCAUUCUCUACUCGUUGGUGCUCGCCCAUGCUCUCAUCACAUGCAACAUGGCGACGAUCAUCUCUGCCGCCGAGAACACCGGAGGGUACCUGUGCAUCCUCGAGGCCCUUGUGCUGGUCCAUGGGAAGAUGGCCACCGCCAUCACUCUGGCUCUGCCUGCGAGUCUCGGAGCGGCCGCCAUGGAAGCUCUCUUCCACUUUAGAGUCAUUAGGCCAUACUCUGAGUCCGGUGGGAAGCUGCAACCAUUGGCCAUUUUGGAGGCUGUGUCCAUCGCCUACUCGUACUCCCUCCUCCUGGUCUUUGAUACCAUCAUUACCUGCAAUUUUGUGAAGAGCUGCAAGUCGGAAGAGAAAGAUGAUGUGCACGUUUGAGCACUAUAUUUUGCACAAUUAGUCUGUGAAAAGACAUUAAUGUUGCGCAUUUACUUUUGCAACGAGACGGCAGGGUUGAUUCGAUUAAGACAAAUCCUAACUCUAUAAAGGAGAAAACCAAAUAGUCAUCAUCGAGGAAGAAAACAGAGAA